AUGGAAGUGCAUCAAUCACUUCCAGCACGAUAUUUGCAUAAUCCAUAUUUGGUGAAAAGCGAGGCAACAUUACCGCAACAGCAACAACAACAACAACAACAGCAACAGCAACAACAUCAAAUUCUUCCACCUCAAGCAGUAGUAGUAGCAGUAACUACAACAACUCGGCAACAAUCAACAUCCGGUGUUUCCGAAUCAUGUUCUCUAUCAUCAUCAUCAUCAUCGGUAUCAUCCAAUCAACGUACGACAACGCAUACGGUAGAUGCAACAAAUAGCAACAAUAACAAUAACAACAACAAUAGCAAUAAUAAUAUCGAUGAUAGUCACAACAACAGCAAUGAAAAUAACAAUAACAACAGCAACAAUAUUACUAGCAUACAACAACAGCAAUCUCGAAAUGGUACUGGUAAGUGUUGUAAAUAA